AGGAUUAGAGAGCACGUCGACAAUCAGUUCACCACGUCACCAUGACCACCUCGCACAAAUUCCUGCUGCUACUCCUGCGGAUAGCCAUCCUGCUGCCGUCCUUCCUGCACGCCGAGGUGAUUCGGGAGCAGAAAUUCGCCAUGGAACCGCAAGAUCAAACCGCCGUGGUGGGCAGCAGGGUCACUUUACCCUGCAGGGUGAUAGGAAAGAGUGGCAUCUUGCAAUGGACCAAGGACGAUUUUGGACUAGGCACGCAUCGGAACCUUAGCGGGUUCGAACGGUAUACUAUGAUUGGGAGUGAUGAAGAAGGUGACUUCUCGUUAGAAAUCUUCCCAGUGAUGCUGGACGACGACGCGAAGUACGAAUGUCAGGUGUCUUCUGGCAGCCAAGGACAAAAGGGAAUUCGAAGUCGCGUGGCGCAACUGACGGUGUUGGUACCGCCAGAACCACCCAGGAUCACGCAGGGUGACAGACUGGUCACCACCGAGGAUCGAGAGAUUGAGUUGGAGUGUAUCAGCUACGGAGGAAAACCGGCAGCUGAGAUCACGUGGAUUGAUGGUUUAGGGAAUGUCCUGACUGAUGGUAUCGAGUACAUAGUAGAGAAGCUCUCGGACGGCAGAAGAUACACUGCGAAGUCGAUACUGAAACUGACACCGAGAAAAAUUCAUCACAAUACAACGUUCACCUGUCAAGCACAAAACACUGCCGAGAGAACGCACAGAUCCGCGAAGCUGAAAUUAGAGGUAAAGUACGCACCAAAGGUAUCAGUCUCAAUCCUGUCUGGAGCGAACGCUGGAGGGCGCAUACCUGAAGGAUCCGAGGUACGACUUGGCUGUAAAGCAGACGCGAACCCGUCAAAUGUCCAGUACCGGUGGUUCCUGAACGAUGAACCACUUAUAGGAGACUACGGCACCGAGCUGGUGUUGUUCAACGUCACCCGAAAGCACCACGACGCUAUCGUCAAGUGCGAGGCACAGAACGCUGUCGGCAAGUCGGAAGAAAGCCAGACACUGGAUGUCAGUUAUGGACCUCAGUUCCGAAAUCGACCACGAAACAUCCAAGCGGAUCAUGGAUCUUCAGUAACGAUGACCUGUGAUGUUGAUGGAAACCCCUUCCCAGACGUCUCAUGGUACCACGAAAAUAGCAAGAAAAUCGUCAGCACAAGCCCGAAUCUUACCUUACGAGUCGACGAAAAGACUGCAGGAAAGUACUACUGCAAAGCGAAAGUUCCUGGUUUUCCCGAAAUUGGUGCGGAGGCAUCCAUAUUGCUGAAAGGUCCGCCGUCCAUUGUCAGCCACCGCACCCAAUUCGGAAUCGAAGGGGACAAUGUCCGUGUGGAAUGCACAGCAUUCUCCAUCCCAGCUCCACAACGAGUUAUGUGGACGUUUAACGGCAAGGAAGUGGACCUUCACGACCAGGAUUACUCCAUUCUGGAAGACCCUCUACCCGAGGGUGUCAAAUCCACGUUGAUCAUCAGGGAAUCUCAGGAACGACACUUUGGAAUGUACAACUGUAGCGUAUCGAACGCCUAUGGCACGGAUGUCGUAGAAAUCAGCCUUAUGCCGCAAAAAAGCUUCCCGAUGCUGAUUAUAGUCAUAGGAGUUAUUGGAGCUGUGAUCGUACUGAUCAUAAUUAUUAUGAUUAUUUUUCUUUGUCAUCGCCAGGGCAACAAGAAACCUCCACCAGAGACAGACACGAACACAAUCGAGAAGCAAUGCAAGGAAUCCGACAGAAGUUCGAACAUCUCCGAUCUGAAGCUUGACCUCCGGGCGGGGUCGUCGAACAGCAACAUGCACUGCGACCUGGACUACAUCCCUGGAGCGGAGUCAGAGACAGGAAGUGAGUCCGUCAUCACUAGGAUUGGCGUGCCUCUCGCUGGACCUGUCAAUGUCAACUCGCAGGACAUUUAUAGGUACUCGGCUGACUAUACGGAGCCCAAUUUCCCUCCAAAGGAUGGUCAAAACAACAACGGCUACGUUCCCUACGUGGACUAUGCCCGUGACUACACGCCGCCCACAAUCCAGCCCUCGGUGUCGCAGGCGUGCGUCGUCACAUCCGAAAGCCUCCAAUCGACGCGACUGCAGCUCCUCCCACUGGGCGGAUUGCCCAAUGGCGGGCCGCCGUCUGUCGAUCCCCGCUUCAGUGCCACGUAUGGGAAUCCGUACCUCAGGCAACCGCCUCCCGGGGUGGGGCUGCCGACGCCCAACACAGCCAAUCCGGCCGCCACACCGGCGCCGCCUCCAUACACUAGGGAUUUAAGGUGUACGUCAUCAGCGGCAACGAUGCUGACCUCAUCGCACAGUCCGACAAUGACGAUGGUCACGACGACGUCGCCAAUGUCGGUUACAAGCCUGAACGGGGCCCCGCACGCCGUACGGCUUCCAAAUUCGCCCACCAGCCAAUACAUAGUGCCCAAUUCCAAUGUGACCAUCAAAAGGGCCACCAUGGCCACGCACGUGUGAAGUGAUCUGAAAUCGCCGCGACCUAAGGCUGAAUUCACGUGAAAGCCAGCGUUCUUAGACCGGGGUAAUGUGACUCAAGGUUGACCCGUCAACUGAUCACAAUGCUGCCAUAUAUAGAUUGGUGAUAUCGUUAUUUGUUCAUAUCAGUGAUUUAAGAUCGUGAUGCGUCACCACUUUCCGUUACUAAAUCACAGUUCGUGAAACAUCUGCCACCCCUACUGCCAUAUCAGAUGUUUGAAAGAGUAGUUACGAAUGCUAGCAAAAAAUGACAGUCCGUUUGAAUCAUCACUUACGCUACAUAACAAAAAAUACGAGCGCUAGAUCAUUGUUCUAUUUGCUUAUCGCUGAAAGCUGGCAUUUAUGGAGGCUGGUCAAUAGAUGUGCGACAAUUUGAGAUUCGUAUUUGUAUUUGUUUGUACACAGCGAAGAUGAGUUUUGAAUAGAGUAACCUUCUAUUUGAUAAUCGUUGACUUUUGGAUAUUGAUUCUAAAUCCAUGUAAUUUACAUAUCACUUUCAUAUCAUUUUAACUAUUUGUGUCGACCGUAUUAAGUGUAAGGUUUCUGGUGUCGGUUUGAAUAUCAUAAAAAACAAAAUAUAAGGUUAUACUUAAAAAAUUAACUCCAAUAAAGUGAUGUCGGCUUCACCUUUGCUAAUGGUACACUUAACAUAACCACGUAUCUAGGCGUUAUUGCAGGUUUAACGUGUACACGACAGCGUAAUAUGUAAUCCUACAUUACAAAAAAAUCUUGGGGGGCACUUUUUAUAUGGAAAUUUGUUUUUCUAAAAUACCAUUUUCCAGCAGUACCUCGAUGGCAAAUAUCAACACAGAACAGGUGACGUUGGAGAAUAGACCACAGAAUAUUAAUCACACAACGGAAUGGAUGCGAAUUUUGACAGUUCUGCGUUGCCAUAUUGCGUAAUCUGAGAGGUGACUAUCGUGUUUGACUGUGAUUUGAAGUAUAACAUGCGAGUCAUACACGUUAGAGCUAAAAAGUUUUAUGACAAUAAAAAUAAAAAAUACAAAGGUGUUUCUGCUUAAAAUGAGUGAAUAAAUAAUAACAUAAACAAUAAAUAAUCAAGAACCACAAAUGAACAAAAGCAGUUACUGAAAUACCUAGUAUUUUCUAAGACAACAUGAUAAAUAAAAUAUAAAUGUAUAUAUAAAAUAGAAUUUUUAUACCGUUUUAAUUUUUUAUUUUCGUUGUUAUAAAACUUUUGAGCUCUAACAUGUUCUUGUGCUUCAAAAUAGUCAACUAUGAUCUGUCUGUACACCUCUCGGGUGGCGAAAUAUGGCAACGCAGCGCUGUCAAAAUUCGCAUCCAUUCCAUCCUGUGAUCGAUAAUCGAUCUUCUGAGGUCUAUUCUCCAACGUCCCUGCAGUAUAUAUGUCUUGUGGUCACCUGUUCUAUGUUCAUAUCUGGAAAGUCCAAGAUUUUUUUGUGCAUAAUUACAUAUUACACUGUCGUAUACACUUUAAACCUGCAAUAACCCCUAAAUACGUGGUUAUGUUAAGUGUACUAUCACCUGGAGAAGAAUGGAUAAUCUUAGCAAUAAUACUCAGUUCUCAAAGAAUCGAUUAUUCUUUCUAAAGACAAUAAAAUUAUCGAUUCUCUAGAAUUAUUACUCAUUACCAGAAUAGCCUAUCGAUAUUUAGCAGCAGUGUAAACCAAUGGACGGGUCCGAUCUUCUGGUCCAGGAAUACCCCGUGCGUAGAACCUGUCAACUGUCGCUUCCUUUUAAGUGUUCUGUGGCCUUGGGCUGACUGCAUCACGAUUAUUUUCGCGACGUGUUCCGUGUUAACCAAGGAUGCUAGACGUCAGGAAUGUGCCACUGAAAGUCCUUGCGUUUCGAAUCCUUGGUGAGAAGGCUACCAUAACCAUUUAGGCGUAUAAACAUAAGAAAUCUUUAAGAGUUAUAGCAUAGCAAAUGCAUUUAUAUAUCUGUUCGCAUAUUAUAUUGAUGGUUUAAAUUCAGAACCUUGAAAAUCUAACUAUAAUUUUGUUGAAAUAUUUUUACUUCGAAGAUUUCUCAUGUUGAUACACGAAAAUGGUUGCUAUCAAUGGCCUAGGUAUCAGUGUGGGUGAUGUUAAAUCUAAGUGAAUUUACUACGAAAAGACUGAAUUAUUAUAUAAAUCGAAUUUUUUCUAGAUGAAAUUGUUCAAAUUUGGUCGAGCCGAAUCCGAACAGUCCUAUUGUACAUUGAUACUAGACAAUUAAAUUAAUUGACAAAUUAUUGAUUAAAAGUUAAUCAAAUCGUACUGGUUUUUGUACUAGACAGCUGUUUGUCGAAAGUCUCAAAGGUGCUAUCCCCAUUUCUAUAAAAUCAAUUUUGGCAGUUAAAAAUCUAGGAAAUAAAUGUUUUGAAAUCAAUUACGCAGACAUAACUGCAACUUUGCAGGUUUACCCUAUCACGUCAAAACUUGAGAUUACCUCAAUCUAAAACAUCCAUUUACAUUACUGUUAAUUUUCUUCAUAAUCUUUGUCACAAUUUACGAGGUCAGUCCGAUAAGUACCUAGGCUAACAAAAGAAAAUCGAAUUUUUUUAAAAGUGGCGAUUAGCUCGAUACAUUUCACCCAGCGAUGAUUCAAUUUCUUUAACCCUGAAAAAUAUGUUUUCUGGAGGUCUACAAAGUAGUAGAUAUUAAAUUUCCCAUACAAUAGUGGCGCCGUCGGCAGUACUUGUCGAACCGCCCUCGUACAUCGGCGUCAUCACCUCUUGUCAUGUCAAAUUACUUCUAUUGGAUAAAAAAUGUGUCUUGAACUUAUUCGUAAUCAUGUAAAUAAUCAUAUCUUGGAAUAUUUUCCCUAAUAACACAGGUGUACGUCUUAUGAUGAGGUUAUUUUGUGACAUCACUGUCCUAAUAAUUUAAAGGUGGAAAUUCAGUAGAAUCAGAUUAGCCGCGACAUCGAGUAACGUGACGUCACGUGCCGAAAUAACCUUAAUAUGACGUCAAAAUGACGAACCUGUGCUACCUUGUUUGGAGCACGCUUAACAAUCAGUGUAAUAAGUAUGUGCCAUGUAAUAUACGUAUAUGAUAAACAGCUGUCAAAUUUUAAAAAAGAAUAGUUAGUGUACAUAUCAAAAAGUUGGUCCUCUGAUUUCACACGACCACAACUGUGUGUUAUGUCAAUUUCCUGAAAGAAAACCUUCGUCGCGUCGUCUAGAAAAAUGUCUAAUUUUUACUUUUGUAGAAAAUUCUAUGAGCUUCCAAGAAAACACUAGUGAAUUAAUUUUUUGCUAUGGUUUUCAUUACAAAGGUGUUGCGGCAAUUUUUUUCGUUUUAUUUUUUUGCAACUCAAACUACGGAAAAUAUUGCUACAACUGAAUGUACUGCGAACAAUCAUCUGUUUUUGCAAAGGCGUUUUGAUUUAUGGUGAAAUUGUUGUGAACAUUUACCGUCGAAUCAGAAUGAUCCUAUUUUUCUUGUAAACUGUUGAACUUGAAAAAUGUUCUUGUUAUGAAAAUGAAAAUAUAUACCAAAGAUAUUUUUUGUAUACUAACGAAAGUGUAUAUUUUUGAAAUGAUUUCAGAAAAACCAACGAUAUACUGAAAUUGGCCUAUAAGCAUCGAUAAUGAACAUUAUUCUUGUGCAAUUAUAUCGAUUUUUGUACUUAAAAAAUCAGCAAUAUUUUUGUGUUUUCAAACAUUCGUGCUCAUCUUUUUCACUUAGUUAUUUGUACUAUAAUUUGUAUAUUUUAUUUUUAUCUUGUACAAUUUAUAUUUAUACCUUUCCAAUCAUGUGAAUAGAUAUUUUGUGUACAACCAUUCUUUGUAUUAUAGACGUUAUUUUUUAUCGGAAACCUAGUUUACUGAUUUUGUUACGAAGAUGGCGGUAAAUAUAGCAAUUUAGCUCAAACUUUGUACAUAUGAAUAUAUCAUGCAGAGAAGUUUUGAAUAACUAUUAGAAAAAUACUGUUGCUAUUAUGUAUAAAGUUUUUUAAGUCUUAACAAAUAGCAAUAUUUAUAAAACUUUGUGAUUGUAAAAAUAAACAUACCUACUUAUUA